GUUCUCCUUACUGUGCCCCUUCCUUUUCUUAGCCCACUGGUACUCAGUGUUUAGAUUUCGUUCCUUUUAGUUUCCCUCCUGGCGUGUCUCAUUUCCAUCAUUGCCUCUCUAAUCACUCUUAAUUCCCCUUCCCAGCUCUUCGUAACUCUUCAUGGGUAUCGAUCCUUCGGACUUUGGCCUCCUUUCUUUCUAGCUCUUGUAAAUUCACUUCUGGAGUAAUUCUCCCGGUCUCACUCGUUCUUUUAGAGACCAAUUGUACUACUCAAAUGCUAGAUCUUUUCUAACCCCCCCCGGCUCACCACAAUGGGCUUCGUCAUCCGUCGAUUCUUCGUUCUCUGCAUCUCCGCCUGUUUCCUCAUCCUUGCUUUACGUCAGCUCACCCAAAGGGAUGAAUUACCCUCCCCGACAGUGACAUCCUCGUCACGAAUCAGCCGUCCAGUGAAAUGGAAGGAUGUUCCCCUCCGCUAUCCUGUCUCGUCCAUGAUAGCCCUCCCGUCCGGCACCCCAGCCGAAAUCCCGAAGAUCCAGCACGAAUUCGUAGCGGAGACGGAACACAACAGGCAAGAGCGAGAAGAGAGACUAGCAGACGUGAAAGAGACAUUUCUACAUUCUUGGGAGGGGUACAAGAAGCACGCUUGGCUCCAAGACGAACUCACUCCUGUUUCUGGUGGAUAUAAAAAUGGAUUUGGGAUGCGGGCUGCCACAAUGGUUGAUACUUUAGAUACACUUUUGAUUAUGGGACUGGAUAAGGAGUUUAAAAAAGCGCUAUCGGCGUUGAAAAGGAUUGAUUUUACUACUUCCGGAGAAACCACGAUGAAUCUUUUUGAGACUACGAUUCGAUAUUUGGGCGGCCUUCUCAGUGCGUACGACUUGAGCGAGGGGAAGCAUCGUAUUCUGCUGGAUAAAGCAGUACAAUUGGGGGAUAUGCUCUAUCUUGCUUUUGACACCCCGAAUCGCUUACCGAUAACUCGAUGGGAUUGGGCUAAUGGGGCUCUAGAUGGCGAGCAAGAAGCUCCUAACCAAGCUCUUAGCGCUGAGCUUGGUUCCCUGAGUCUUGAAUUCACACGAUUGUCUCAGUUAACCGGCGAGCCGAAGUACUUUGAUGCUGUACAGCGCAUCUCAAAUCAGUUUGAGAAGCACCAGAAUGACACUACCAUUCCAGGACUUUUCCCUAUCAUUGUCAAUCCGCUCGACGAGUCCUUCGAUGCCCACCGGACCUUCACGUUCGGUGGCAUGUCGGAUUCCCUGUAUGAGUACUUCCCGAAGCAGCACAUGCUCCUUGGGGGCCUGGUGGACCAACACCGAAAAUUAUACGAAGGCGCCAUUGAGGCCGCAAAGAAAUAUCUCUUCUUUCGUCCGCUGAAUCCUGGGAAUCAAAAUAUCCUACUAUCUGGAACCGUUAGCAAAAACGCUGCAGACCACAUCAAACUCCAGCCAGAAGGCCAACACCUUGCAUGCUUCGCCGGCGGCAUGGUCGGCAUUGGGUCCAAAAUCUUUGAUCGCCCGGAUGAGCUUGAUAUCGCGAGAAAACUCGUCGACGGCUGCAUCUGGGCUUACGACUCCAUGCCAACUGGAAUUAUGCCGGAGUCCUUCACAGUGGUGCCUUGUUCGGAGCCAGAUGAUUGUACAUACAGCACUGAAAAGUGGCAUGCAGAAGUAAUGAACCAGCGUAGUUUCGCACGGACUAUGGAUGUUGCUAGAAUUAUUCGAGAGGAUGGGUUACAGCCUGGUUAUACCGAGAUCUCGGAUAAGAGAUUCUUGCUACGCCCAGAAGCAAUCGAAUCUGUCUUCAUCCUCUACCGUAUAACCGGCGACCACACUCUUCAAGACGCCGCCUGGCGCAUGUUCCAAGCCAUCAAGAACUCGACGCGAACCAACAUCUCCAACUCCGCCAUCGCGGAUGUCACAUGUCCCCCCGGACAAGAGUCUGAGAAAUUGGAUUCUUGUGAGAGCUUCUGGAUGGCGGAGACGUUGAAGUACUUUUAUUUGAUCUUCUCUGAGCCUGAGCUUGUCAGUUUGGAUGAGUGGGUUUUUAAUACUGAGGCGCAUCCGCUGCGCAGGCCACAGAGGACGUAAAUGAGUCUACGUAUUAUUGGGAACAGAAUUAAGAACAUUUUGUAAAGCUAGGAGGAAAUUAGAACCGGUUUAUUCGGUAUUCAAAGGAUACGGUUUGGCGCUGAAGGUAUAUAAACGCAUUACACUGGCGUUCGUCACUUGGGCUUUGGGAUAAAACUGGGUGUUCUAUUGGGCAGAAAUAUCC